AUGACAUCCACCAUUGGAAUACCGAUCAAACUCCUCAAUGAGGCCACAGUAAGUGCUGCCUCCAAUCUUACAGCUCAUGGUCCAACAUGCGCUUACGAUGCGAUCUCGUAGCUAAUGCAUACUUGUUGUACAGGGUCAUCAAGUCACGGUUGAGAUCGACUCCGGCCAGACCUACCGAGGCAAGCUCGUCGAAGCCGAAGACAACAUGAACUGCCAACUCGAAAACAUCAACGUCACCCAGCGAGACGGACGCGUCACGCACCUCGAUCGCGUAUACAUCCGCGGAUCCCAUGUGCGACUGUUCAUCGUGCCGGACAUGCUGAGGAACGCGCCAAUGUUCAGGAGUAGAGGCCAGCGGGGCCGUGGUGUAGGCUUGGCGAGAGGACGUGCGACGGUCAACCGGGCCAGAGGACAACGGGGUGGAAGAUAG